GAUUGCUUGCUCGAUGAGAUCGGAUCACAGCCCCCGACCCGUCAUGGCUACCUCCCCGCAUGUGGAGCCGCCGUGCGAUGGAGGCUGCAGAGACCGCCUGAGCGACCUCCCGGAUGGCGUCCUCGGCACCAUCCUCUCCUUCCUCCCCACAAAGGAGGCCGCCCGCGCCGCCGCGCUCGCAAGACGCUGGCGCCGCACGUUCGCCGGCGUCGACACCAUCUCCUUCGUGCAGCGCGAGGCCCACGACAACGAAAACUACACCUUCAUGAAGGAAGCCUUGGAGCGCCGGAGCCGGAACGGGGACUUCAUCGACGAGGUCAACGCCGCGCUCCUCUGCCGCCGCCGCUGCGGCGGCCACGCGGCGCCGCGCGUCUUCUGCGUCAACUUCGGCCGCUACGACUGCUGGGACUGGCCCAUGCUUGACCGGUGGCUCUACUACGUCCUCAACCGCAGCGCGCGGGAGCUCCACCUUGACCUGCGCCUCCAGCACGCCCUCGUCGGCGAGCGCUACCUCGGCGAGCCCCGUUACUCCGACGGGGCCGACAGCGACGCUGAUUUCCCGGCGUCUAGCGAGUGCAAUGCGUACGGCUACGACGCGCAUGAGUACAAGCUCCCGCGGAGGCUCUUCUCCUGCGCCGCCAUACGGACGCUCUGCCUCGGCGCCUGCUCGCUCCAACCACCGGAGCUCAUCGCCCUACCUUUCCUCGAGACGUUGGUUCUUAGCAACAUCAGGAGAUUGGGUACCAACAUCCAGCGCCUCGUCUCUAGUUGCCCACGCCUCAUCGAUCUCACGCUGGAGAGGUGCGGCGAAGAAGCCAAGUGUUUCAAAACCCCUGCUCCUGACCAUAGCUACACCAUCACCGUCCUCGAUAGGCACCUCCGUAGAUUCGCGAUACGGUGUUGUCACAACCUGGUCAGAGCCAGCAUCGACGCUUCGGAGCUAAGAGAGAUUGAUUACAGAGGCGCCGUCCCCUCGGAGUCGCACCUCGACCUGCGCGGUGUCGACAAGAAGAUCUCUUCGUGCUCCAUCGGUUUCUGCGGCACGAAGGUUUACAAGGGGGAGUUUCCCCGGUUCAGAAAGCUCCUUGAUAAGUUCACCGGUACGAGACAUCUGCAUCUAGAUUCUACUCAUCUCGGAUCAGACAUCGGGAGUAAAUCUUUCGCGGGAUUCCCCUCCUUACCCAACCUCGUGCGGCUUGAGCUGUCAGGAUACCUUCGAAUCGGUAGCAUUGAGGCAAUGACUAGGAUACUCGACCAGGCUCCGAGCGUUGAGGUUUUAUCGCUGUUUCUCAAGCCAACCUACCAGGAGAGGUUUGAAACCGACUGGCCGAACUUGCACGAGCUCCGCGCUGAGAUUGUGGUUCAGGAUAUUUCGGUAUCAUGCUUGCGGAAUCGAGUGAGGCGCAUCAAUCUUGUGAACUACCAGGGCCAUAAGGCACAGAGAAAAGUGGCCAAGCUGCUAUUUUGCAAUGCGUUGGUUCUUGAACAAGGGUGUGUUGUGUUCCCGAGGGGUCCCCAUGAGGUGCAGUUAGAACUGAAGAAUGAAAUUGAAGGAUGGGUGGUGAACAAAUCCGCAAAGAUAAUUUUCUAAGCAGGGUUCCAGGGUUCUUUUAUUCUAGGAUGACAAACGAUCAUACAACUUGAGCCAUCUAUUUCAAUACUCUUUGAUUAGAAAUAGAACUAGUUUUUCUAGGAGUGAUUAUUUCUUACUCGACAUAGAAAUAAUUGUAUGUU